CGCGGACAGCCGACAGUGAACGGGCAUUGAGCGGCGGAGCGCGCGCACCGGACAGACCGGCUCGUUAAGUUCUCCUCCUCAUCCUUCCGCAUCCUCCGCAGCUUCCAACCGAACCGAACCGGGCUCACGGGGGUUACCGCGGACCGGCAGACCGGAGCAGCCCAGACAGUGUCAGACUGGUCGUCAUCGUGUCGGAGUCCACGGAGACUGCGGCUCUUAUCCGUGAUCUGCUCCUGCCGCUUCUGCCGUGGAGCGGAUACCGACAGUGCGCACCGCCUCCCUGCCCUGAAGUGUGCACGGACAUUCCAUCUGCAGCUGUUUAGCUAUUUUGGAGCUGGGAAAUUUUAACUGAAAAAAAAAAAAAAAAAAAAACCCACUGUCGGUGUGUGUAGGCCCGGGUGUGUGUUUGUGUGUGUGCACCGGUCCGACUUAGAGAGCCAGGAAAGAGCAACAGCCUUUACCGGCGCAUCCGUGAGGUAACAGGUAGAAAAGCCCUACAUUAAGCUGCAGCCAUGGAUGAAAUGGACCUGCCCCAGAUGAAGAAGGAGGUGGAGAGCCUCAAGUAUCAGCUGGCCUUCAAAAGGGAGAAGUCCUCCAAAACAGUCACUGACUUGGUUAAGUGGAUAGAGGACGGCGUCCCCGAGGACCCCUUCCUGAACCCGGAGCUGAUGAAGAACAACCCGUGGGUGGAGAAAGGGAAAUGCAUCCUUCUCUAGAAGACCGCCACGUGACCCUGCCAUGACCUUUUAACUUCAACCUCGCAGACUAACACAUACCUACGAAUGCCCGCCCCUGCUGACCUGUCCGUCACCCAGGCCUGCGUAGGCCGCGGCGGUACGGCGCCUCCUCGCCUCUCACCGUGAAUGUACAACAGCUGAUAGUCCUAACUUUACCCCCAAACACCCAUCAUGACGAGGGCACAGAUACACACACACACACGUACAACACAUGCACUGCAAGGUUAUUCCUGCCACGGCAUCAUUAUAAUUAUAUGAGGAUGAUGAUCAAUACUCUACAUGUCUCUAUAUGGAUAUAUGACGUCUUAUUUAUGCAGCUGCUGGUCACUAGCUUUGUCUUCUCUGCUCUUCAUUGUAAGCAUCACACUUCUGUUUCAUGUUACAAACCCCUUGUUCCUACAAAAUGAUCAAAUAUAACGUUUUUUUUUUGCUCAUAAGCUUAUAAUUGGAAGUGUUUAAUACCUCAUGAUAAUUGUAAUAAAUCAUGUAUGAAGGCUUUCAGACAACGGUCUUAAUGUAUUACAACCACCAGAUUAUUACAACAUGGACCUACAUGUGUAGGACAUUAAAGCAGCGUAUGACUUCCAUCGAAUGUGUCCAACCCCAGUCAGAUCCUAAUUAUCUCUAAUCCAUUAGUGUUUCUGUGUUUAUGAACCUGAAUCACUUCC